UUCCUUUCCUCUUUUUUUUUUUGUUCCGUUUUUUUUCCUUCUCCUCUGCGCUCAAAUUUUCCCGUUACUUCCGCCAUGGCCGCGUUUCUCAUUCUCACCUAAGCUUCGCUAUUCAUAGAUUUCACGGGUUGCUAUCUUCUGGGCUGUCGCUAAUUUUGGGAUUUUUUUUUUCAAAUUUAAUUUAUUGCUCUACUUUCCUCUUCUACCACUUAUACUAUGUGUAACCUACCACUGUAAGAGAGAGAAAGAGAGAGAGAGGGGGAGCCGAUAUUUACUUCUGUCCCCUUUCCCUAUUCUGGGUAGUGCGUUUCCGGUGAGGAAACUUAUUGCGGCGGCGGCGGCGGCGGGGGCGGUGGGAUUAGGGUUUUGCUUGGCUUAUUGUGGGCCGUGACUCGUGAGUGUUGGUAUUGGGGCAGAUAUGGUGCGGAAACAUGGAUGGCAGCUUCCCGCUCACACAUUCCAGGUGGUCGCCAUUACCGUGUUCUGCUUGCUCGUGGUCGCAUAUUACGCGUUCUUCGCUCCCUUUGUCGGAGGCCGUAUUUGGGAGUACGCUUUGAUCGGUGUUUACUCCCCUGUGGCCCUCCUCGUUUUCGUUCUAUAUGUUCGGUGCACUGCCAUCAAUCCUGCAGAUCCUGGAAUAAUGUCAAAGUUCGAUACAGUCACUAACGGACAACCUGGGACAGAACAUGUCUUGCCGAACAAAGAUGCCUCUAGAAAAUUCGAUGAAACCGGCAGUCAAUUGCAGUCUUCUCCUUCAGUUGCCUCCAGGAGUUCAACCUUUGCAGCAAACUCUAGCGUGAAAGGUUCCAUAGGAGAUAUUCAGAGAGCUAUGGAUGCACCGAACAGGAAAUCUUGCUUUAAUCCUUUUGUAAUCUUCUGUGGCCUGUUUAUUCAUGAAGAUUGCCGCAAACAGGAAGAAUCCACCGAACAACAAGGAAACAAUGAAGAAGCUCUUUUCUGCACACUGUGCAAUGCCGAGGUUCGUAAGUUCAGCAAACAUUGUCGGAGUUGUGAUAAAUGUGUCGAUGGUUUCGAUCACCAUUGUCGGUGGCUAAACAAUUGCGUUGGUCGUAAAAACUAUAUGACUUUUAUCUCUCUAAUGACUGUCAGUCUUCUCUGGCUCACUAUCGAAGCCGGGAUUGGGAUUACAGUUUUGGUACGUGUAUUCGUUAACAAGAAAAGCAUGGAAACUGAAAUUGUCGAUAGACUUGGAAAUGGUUUUUCCCGAGCACCCUUUGCUACCGUCGUUGGUCUCUGCACUGCUGUUUCAAUUCUGGCAUGUUUUCCACUGGGUGAACUUUUCUUUUUCCACAUGCUGCUCAUUAAAAAGGGCAUUACAACUUACGAGUAUGUUGUGGCAAUGAGAGCCAUGAGUGAGGCGCCAGCCGGAGCAUCAGUUGACGAGGAAAUCCCGAACGUGCUCUAUUCUCCUUCUGGAUCCGCCACAACUGGAUUUAGCGGUGGAAGCUCGCUCGGUCUGCCGUACAAAGGGGCUUGGUGCACUCCACCCCGAGUUUUCGUUGAUUAUCAGGAUGAAGUCAUACCACAUUUAGACCCGGGAAUGGUCCCAUCAACCGUAGACCCUGAUGCUGCGGGGGCAGCAGAUAGAGGCAACAAGAUCCCGAAGAGACCCAUCAAAAUUAGUGCUUGGAAGCUCGCAAAGUUGGAUUCGAACGAAGCCACGAGAGCUGCUGCCAGAGCCAGAGCUUCCUCUUCCGUCUUACGACCGGUGGAAAAUCGCCGUUUACCUGAUCAUGAACUUAGCUCAAGCGGCAACAUCAGUGUCAUUAGUAGCAUGAGCACGGACGGGAAUGUGGUGGUGGAGAAGGAGAGAAGGAACAUCGAUUCGAGGUUGUCGCUUUCUAGAAACUCUCUUGCCCCGAGCCAAGGCAGCCGGGAUGAGUAUGAGUCCGGGACACAUAGUGUGAGCAGUUUCUGCAGUCCGAGCCAUGGUCACGAGUCUGUAACGCUUAGCCCUCUCCCUCAGAGUCAUACGGUCGAUCACCGCUUCACCAUGGCUGCAGCCUCGUCAAAUGUCCGGCCACCGCUUAACCCGACAACCCAUCACGUUCAACCCACUUUCGACGAAAGGAUUCUGCAAAAAGGAAACGAGGCUGAUCCAUUGCUUCUGUCUGCUCCAGCGGCUUCGCUUCUUCGAGAUAUGAGGAGGACAUCGGUUGUUUGGGACCAAGAAGCUGGAAGAUACGUAUCAGUUCCCAUAACAACAACAUCUGAGACAAGAAACAGAUUUUUGUCGCAGAACCAAACGAAUCAGAAUCAGAGUCAGGUUCUUGUCACAACGCAAGAUUCGUCUUCCGGGCCAUCAGCACCGAGGGCUCAUCCUCCUCCGCUUCAACAACAAGGAGAGAGGCUGACAUACACAGGUGAAUCUAUCUUCUUCGGCGGGCCACUGACAAGCAUCCCUAGCAGAGAUAACCCGAGAAACGAGAGAGGCUCGGGAAGAGACGGGCUAGACAGAUUAGCAUUGACAUUGCCCCGGGAAGCGAGGUUCAAAAGGGAUUCAACCUCCAACCAGCUACCUGUAUUCACCCCAGGCGGUCACUCGCAAAACUCGCAACCCCGGUUCUAGCCUCAAGUAGCCUGAGGAAGGGAGACUCUGAUCUUCUACCCGAGACACCUUACGGGUUCGAGAAGAGGACGACUAGUGGGAAAUCUGCGGGAACUCGCCCACGGGUGAAGCGUGGAUUGCCACGAGAAUCCGAGGUAUUCAUUUCGUUUCUCGGUAAUGUUAUUCCACGGGGUUCGGGCUUUCGAUCUGUUCUCGAAGAACCAUGACAUUCUCCAAUGUAUCAAGAACAUGUAUCUUUUGUUUCUCGCUGUACACAAAGUUGCAAACUUUGCCUUUUCUAA